CUCACAAAGCUCAACCAUGGCAACUAUAAUUCCUAAGCUCUUUUCAUUCAUCUCCCUCCUCGUCCUACUCCUUCCUCUCCUUGCCUAUGCAAAGGUUGAAGAACCAAAAAAGGGUGAUAAAAAACCCUCACCUUUCGAAUUUAUCAAGCAUUUGCAAGGGUGUCACAAGGGUGAAAAGGUUAAAGGGCUCAAUGAGCUCAAAAAGUACCUUAACAAAUUUGGUUACUUGAAUUAUCCUCACUCUGAAAAUCAAACGACCCAUGCCCACGAUGACGAUUUCGACAAUUUCCUCCAGUCUGCCAUCAAAACUUACCAACUGAAUUAUCAUCUUAACGCCACCGGAAACUUGGAUGGUCCGACAGUGUCAAAGAUGGUGGUGCCUCGAUGUGGGGUGGCUGAUAUCAUCAAUGGUACUAGUUCAAUGCGAGCAGGCAAGAAAAGGCACCACCAUGACAAUGACAACACCUCCUUCCACACAGUCUCUCACUAUACUUUCUUUGAUAAUAACCCAAGAUGGGCAGCUUUCCACCUCACAUAUGGAUUUUUAUCUAAUACCCAUCCUGAUGCCAUGGGUGCCGUGGCCCGGGCAUUCGAAAAAUGGGCUUCUGUAUCACAUUUCACAUUCACGAGGACGGGUGAUUUUGCCAAUGCUGAUAUUAAGAUUGGUUUCCAUAGGGGUGAUCAUGGAGAUGGGAAUCCGUUCGAUGGGCGUGGCGGGGUCUUGGCCCAUUCCUGGCCACCAACUGAUGGAAGGUUUCACUAUGAUGCAGAUGAAGUGUGGUCCGUUGGGCCAGUGGCUAAUGCUUUUGAUUUGGAGACGGUUGCAUUGCAUGAAAUUGGGCACCUUCUUGGACUUGGGCAUAGCUCAGUCCAGGAUGCAAUAAUGUUCUCAGGCAUUCCUCCUGGAGUGACCAAAGGUUUGCAUGGGGAUGAUAUUGAUGGAAUUAAGGCUUUGUACAACGUUUGAGAAGUAAUCAUAUAUAAAGGUUGAACCUUAUUUAGCUUGCAUUGAUUUUUGAUGUUUCACAUUAUUAACUACCUUGGUUCUCAGCAUAGGUCUAUUUUUGCUUCAACAAAUCAGAAUGCUGUACCAUUUCCAUCUUCUAAUAAGAAGAGUUAUGUUCUUAAAAGGCUACUGUUGUAACUCAAAAGCUUCCUGCAUUUUCACAUUCUCC